AUGAAAGUCAACGACACCGCGGUCGACUCGCAUCCGAUGAUCCUCACAUCUUGUACAAAACGUGGACCUGUAGUGAUCGCAAGACUGGUCUCAAUUUCACAUUAUGAAUGGACGUUGUUAGAUAUCCCCACGCUGGUACGAAAUCGGUGUGGCAGAAGUUGGGACCUAUCUCAGUUGCCGCAUCCUCCCUCACCCAUCACCGAUGUUGCAUUUUGUACACAUCUUUGUGAAGAAGAUUUUACUUGCUAA